GAGACCUACAAAGUCUUGGCCGGGAUAAUCCUCCGUUUCGUGGAUUUCGUCCCUCUCCAUCCCUCCUUGAGGGAUCUUCAUAUGGGACGCCCAUCAUGUGUCCACUUAAGUGAUUAAUCCACUUAGCAAGUAAUGAAAUGUUCCAUUCGCAGGAAAAAAACACACAAAUUGAAACUUUUUGUUUGAGCCGACACAGAUUGAAACUGAAAUAGGCAUAUUGGAAGGUAUUUAUUCUUUUUUCUUCUUCUACUAUAUCAUGUACCAUUAAUUUGGGAAACUCCAAAGCCCAAGCCCAAAACCACCAUCGAUCGAGAUUCGAGCUCCGCCGACUCCACCCAAACGCUCCGUCUCGCUAGCCGCCGACCAUGGAGAAGGAGGAGGCAGCGGCGGCGAGACCCGCUCGCAACGAACAGGAAUCCCAUGGAACCGCGUGGAAGCGGGCGCGGAGUGGCGACUGCGACGUGAACUCCGGCGAUCUCAUCAGCCACCUUGCUGACGCCCUCCUCGGAACCAUCAUCUCCCUCCUCCCAACCAAAGAUGGCGGUCGCACGCAGAUCCUCUCCCGCCGAUGGCGCCACCUGUGGCGCUCCGCGCCUCUCAGCCUCGAGGUCCUCGCCUUCCUCCCUGUCCCGGUCUUCGAUCGCUACGCCGUCCCCACCACCGCUGUCUCCAAGAUAAUAUCCCAACACCCUGGCCCCGCCCGCCGAUUCUCCUUCCUCUUCCUCGGGGCCGGCGAUCUCUACGCGGAGGUGGAGAGCUGGUUCGACUCCCCGGCCCUCGCCAACCUCCAGGAGCUCGAUAUCGGCUAUGAGUACCUCUUGGCAUCCAAGGGCAAAUAUCAGUUGCCGCAAUCCACGUUCCGCUCGGCAUCCACCCUCCUCGUUGCCAAGAUCAGGAACUGCGGUUUCUCUGACACAGUCCCACUGUCCUUCAAUUUCCCUCUCCUCAAGGAGCUCUCGUUGCAUUAUGUUUCCUUCUCCGGGGACGCGUUCCAGAGCUUGCUCUCGGGCUGCCAUGCCUUGGAAAGCUUAUACAUGCUCCAAGUUCAUGCUACAGCUGGUUGCCUCCGUGUUUGCUCGCCAACUCUUAGAAGCAUUGGCUUUCGUGAUAACUCUGGUGAAAAAACAGAAUUGGUCCUCGAGGAUGCUCCUCGCCUUGAAAGGUUAUUAUUGCCGUAUUGUCACCGGAAUGAUUGCGUUACUAUCCGGGUUAUUAGGGCACCUAAGCUGAAGAUAUUGGGGCCUUUCUCAGCAGACUCGUGCAAAUUCCGGAUCUUUCAGGUAGCAGCAACAGACAUCAUCCAGCAUUCGUUACAUGGAGAUAAUUGUUUUUGAUGUUGGCUGUUUAUUUUCUUCAGGGAAUGAGCCCCGUCAGCUCGGC